CAAAAGGUUAAACAAUAAAGACAGUUUUUCACAGCCUUCUUUGCUCAUAUUUACCAUGGGUGCCAAUAUUAGUGAACCCUGUAUAAGCCAUUAAAAUAGCAGACUUUAAUUAACAUUGCACUACCAAAUGUACAUCAUAUACAUCAACUAGGUAAUACAUCUCACUUCACAAGCUUGAUUAAUUAAAUCACAGAAGAAAAGAAAUCAAAUGCAUCGCUGCUAAUUUAUUGAAAUGUUACGUUAAACACUUUAAGAUAUACAUUGUUUGUAUUGUAUUCACCAUUCUGAAUUCAAUACAUUUGACUUAAAAUGGUUUAUAACACUUUGUUUAACAUUGAAAAAAUAUAUUUGCAUACAUACUUGUAUCCUGUUCUUACCUGGAGCAGUGCCUGCUGGAGAGCCUCUGAUAAUGAGGACAUUGCCAUGGUCAUUGUUUAUAUAUAUACAAACAGUAUCAAAAAGAUUUACAGUCUCAUAGACAUGAAGGGACACUGUAAUAAAUAAAGAUGAAAAAUGUCAAGCAUACUGUCAUACAUAACCAUAUACCAUAUCCAAUAAGAAUGAGAUUUUUAUGGGAUAAUGACUGGAAGUGUAACUAUAAUUAUACCUGUAGACAGCCAACACAGAGGAACAUUAGAUUUCUGGUUCAUGUUAGGUAAAAAAAAAAAAAAAAAGAAUAAUCCCCAACCAUGCCUGAUGCCAGAGUAUGUCAUUCAGCACAUUUUUGUCUUUUUGUGGAACUGGUGAGUAUGAGUAUAUUUUCCUUAGAUGUCUGUUAUGAUUACUCUCCAUUCAUUUUCUGUACCACUUAUCCUACACAGGGUCACGGGGAGCCUAGAGCCUAAACCAGUGAACUUGGAGCACAAGGCAGGGAACAGCCUGGACACAUUAGAGAUGCCAAUCAGCCUACAACGCAUGUCUUUGUACUGGGGGAGAAAGCCCCCAAAGCACAGGGAGAACAUGCAAACUCCACACACAGAGGGCGAAGGUAGGAAUCGAACCCCCAACCCCAGAGGUGCAAGGCAAACAUGCAUAAAGCCAGUGUUAUUGCUAAUUAUACCACAGUGUUGAAUUCUUGAACCCGGUUGGUCCAAUGGUAUUGAUUAAUUUUCAAUAACAGCAGCACGGGCUAUAAUUAAAAUAACGUGUAUAUUAAUGCUCUUAUUUUAACACAUUAUCACAUCUAUUCUAAAAGGUCAUUCAAAGGGCCUCUUCAUAAUCUAAGGCUAAUACAGAUUUAAUAAACAGAUUUUUUGUUUAAUGUUGUUAAUUAACUAAGAAAAAAGUAUUAUCACUGACAUGGUAAAGUUUACUUUAAGAUUAUGUUUAUUUAACAUUUAUGGAAGGAGUCGCCCCUAUCAGUGCUUUGUAACAGUCAGGGAUAAAGCUGUAACUUUACAAUUUUCCACCACUAGAUCUGUAGUCUUUAGGAAGAAAGACUUUGCACUUUUUGGUUGCUCGGGUCACAGGACAAACUGUGUUUUUGUCUUAUUACUUCAAGAGAGAGAUUAAGGUGGUUCUCUCCUGCGGUGAGGGAAAACUGAAAACCUUCUCCAACCAAAAUCUAACACCUGUUUUAGUUGAUCAAGAACUUCUUAAAGCAAGGAUUUGAUGUUCAAGUGAGAACGAUUAUGGUUGGAUCUGAAGUCUUCAGGAAGGUAGAUCUCCAGGAACAGGGUUGGUGACCACUGCUGUAGGAGUAUGUAGUCACAGACAAGCAGACUGAGGAAGAGUUUUACCUGUAGGCUGUUAGGUUCUUAUUAGGUUCAUUUCCAUUCUCUGUGUCACUGAGUCAGUUCACAUAGCCUACUCUUUCCACUGUGUGGUCACUUUACACUUUAGUACAGUGCAAGACGCAUAUGUUGUGUUAUUCUCAGUUUGUGCCUACAAAUUGCAUGAUCAUUUCAACGUUAAUAACGUCGGGGGAAACACAGAAAAGCAGUGAUAGAAUGUCGAUGAUCCACGCUGACAUGGAGACCACGACGGUGCUCAGGCCACGCCCCCAGGCGCGAGUGAGUCUACGGUGUCCGUGGAAACCGUCGCGAGGGUUCACCGGCCGCUCUGUAGAAACGGCCUUAUCGAAAGACGCCUGCUGUCCAAGCGCCGAUGACGAAGACUGGGAGUAAAACCUCAAGCGUAAUGGAGGCCGAAGUUCGAAAGCAACAUGAAUGACAAGUACCACAGGGCAGCGCGAGAUGGCUACCUGGACCUGCUGAAAGAGGCCACGCGGAAGGACCUGAACGCGCCAGAUGAAGAUGGCAUGACACCGACGCUCUGGGCCGCGUACCACGGCAACCUGGACGCGCUCAGACUCAUUGUGGCGAGAGGAGGGAAUCCUGACAAGUGUGACAUAUGGGGGAACACACCACUCCACCUGGCUGCUUCCAAUGGCCAUCUCAACUGCCUAUCCUUCCUGGUGUCCUUUGGUGCAAACACAUGGUGUCUAGACAAUGACUACCACACGCCUCUGGACAUGGCUGCCACCAAGAGCCACAUGGACUGUGUACGAUACCUGGACUCCAUAGCUGCCAAGCAGACAGCUCUUAAUCCCAAGAUGGUGGCGAAGAUGAAAGACAGAGCCUUCCGUGAUGCCGAACGUCGCAUCAAAGACUGUGUCAAGAUGCAGCGCAAGCACCACCGCCGCAUGGAGCGCAAGUUCCAGAAAGAAGCCACAGAUGCUUCGUUUUCUGAUGCCAUGAGCUUCUCCAGCUACACCAGCAGCACUUUUAGCCGCAAACUGCACCCCUUCAACACUGCCACCAGUGUGCCAUACUCACAGGCUACUCUCCAUGCCACAGCCAGAGGCAAAACCAAAAUCCAGAAGAAGUUGGAAAAAAAGAAGCAGGGUGAUGGGACCUUCAAGAUCUAUGAGGAUGGAAGGAAGAGUGUGCGCUCUCUUUCUGGGCUACAGCUGGGUAAUGAUGUCAUGUUCCUAAAGCAGGGUACCUACGUAACCUCAAAAGACCGUGGUCGGCGAAACAUCCGUGAUAUGUUCCCACGGGACAAUGAAGAUGCCAUCUCACGUGCCAUUAGCGAGCCAGACCUGCAUGGAGCAGACAUGGACCACUCAGAGAUCAGCACUGACUCGGGCCAUGACUCACUUUUCAACCGGCCUGGCCUGGGUACCAUGGUCUUCCGGAGGAACUAUGUGAGUGGGGGACUCUUUGGCAUAGGCUCUCGUGAUGAGGGCAGCAUGGCCAGCAUUGGGAGGGCACCAAAUGUCCGUCUACGCAGUCGUCUUCAGCGAUCCCCCAGUGUAGAUGAGGAUAGUAUCGGCAGUGCUCGAAGCCUUCAGGCAAGGAACAUGGAGGAGCUUCCCUGGGAUGAGGUGGAAAUAGGACUGGAUGAUGACGAUGAGCCAGAGAGUAGUCCACUUGAGGUAUUCCUGGCUGCCCAUUGCAUGAAUGAGUUCAUCUCUAUCUUUAAACGAGAGAAGAUUGACCUGGAUGCGCUGCUGCUGUGCUCUGACAAUGACCUCAAAAGCAUCCACAUUCCUUUGGGACCCCGUAAAAAAAUCAUUGAGGCAUGCAAGAGACGCCUGGACACCAUUGAUGAUCCCGACAGCAUAGAAGACACACAGUUAUAGCACAAAUGUUACUCUGUGAUUUUGGCCAUACCGAUGGUACAUCUCGAUUCAUGUGCAACAGGACAGAAAGGCACUCACACUGAAAGGAAGUGUAACUCUUCAGUGGAUUUCAAACAAACAAUGGUACAUGUCACGUUACCAUAGGAAUACAUUUUGAACAUCAGACUGACAAUAGUACCUCCUUUACUGGCACAUACAAGGAAGUAUGCAUGCCAGCAGUAACAACUGAAUAAAACUGAGGUUCCAUGAUUGCCAUACAUAACAGUAAAUACCCUGCUGACAACCCUGAUGAAGUCAGACCCAAUCAGCAUUAUUCUCAUGAUGUGUCUGCCCCUGUGGGGCACGAGUCUUAGUGCCUGUGCUUCCAGUGCAUGCACAUAUCUCUGUAAAUUGUAAUUUUAGGCAUGAUGUACUGUAUUAUGAGAUAUUUUUAUGACACAAACUUAUAUAAAUUAUGCUGAAUAUGGAGCAUGCAUAGGCAGAUUUGAAAAGCUUGUGUUUCAAAUCCAGGAACUUUUUACACACUUGCUCUAUGAUGUCAAACACAGAUUAUAGGUCGCCAAUAUACCUGGCAGCAAAUGUGGGAACACUGUCUUUAGAUGUCAAUGAAUGCCUGUAUUGUGAACUUUUUGGCCUCCAUUAGUUUGUUUACAUUUGUCAAGCCAUACUUCUGUUAAAGACUUGGGGCAUACAGUAAAUACAGUAAAUCUUACUAUUGUUGAUUUCUGUUUUUUGUUGGGUUUUUUUUUUUUUUUGCACUCAUGCCAUAUUACUACAGAGAAAUUUCCUUUCAACAUACUAUUAAUCUCACAUAAACCUAUGAAUAUUUGAUAUACAGUACAUGUACAGAUUUCAGUGCAUUCCAACCCAAAUAUUAUGUGCUCUUGUACAUAACUUGCUUUCAUGUGUUUUAUAUAAUUCCAUAAAAUCUAGUAAAAAAAAAAAGAAGAAGAAAAAAAAAGAAGAUGCAAGCUAUCACUGAAAAUCCAUCAAAUUUUAUAUUAUGUUUAUGGGCAUAUUUGAAGACAAUAAACUUGUAAUGUGCCUGUAUCAGUGAACUGUAGAUCAUUCACAAAACACUGAGGUUUUAUAUGUGAUAAAAUAACAAAGCAUAAUGGAAUAAACACUCUAAACAUUGAAA